AUGGUAUUCAGGAUCCCGAUCUAUAAAGUUUUGGAAAGGAUUAAGAAUCAGUCAUACUACAAAGCACCGGAGAAGAUCCCUAGCGAGUUCAUGGUCAGGAGUACUAGGAAGCAUCUUGUCUAUCAUAAUGAGGAUGGGCACCCAACUUUGGGAUGCAGGGCUCUAAAGUCACACCUGAAGGAUCUAGUCAGACAGGGUCACCUGAGAGACCUAGUAGACAAGGCGAGGACAAGGGAAAAGCACGUAAGGCUGCCCCAAAUACCAACAACACCACCUCCACUACCACCACCGCAGCAAGUGGAGGGACCUCGAGUAAUCAAUAUGAUUCACUCGAAGGUCAAUAAAAAUGAAGUUCGAGGGGAGACCCAGAGAGUAAGGCACUUGCAGCAUGUAUAUCAGGUCCAGCAAAAGAAGCUCAGAACAAAUGAAUAUCAAGGACUGGUUAUUUCUUUCACUGAGGUCGACUUGGAUGCGGUGCAGCAUCCGUACAAUGAUGCCCUGGUAAUAACUCUGAAGAUUGGAGAUUGCCAAGUGAGACGCAUACUGAUUGAUCGGAGUAGCUCUUGUGACAUCAAAUAUGUCAGAUGUUACAAAGAGCUUGGCCUCCACCCGGAUGAUUUAGAGUAA